CAGCGCGCUGAUCUACUGAACUGGCAGCGCUUCCCCUACACUAAAACUACAACGGCAGAAUACAGAUGUAACUUCUUGACUGUCAGCUCAUGCGAUGAUGGGAGGAUAAUGCAAGUGACGAAAAAACAAAAGAGAAAGUUUAACGAGCAAAACGUGGAGGCUAUUGAGCAAAUGUUAUUUCAUUCCAAAUUUCUAAUCAAAUGUUGAAUUCGUUAUUAUUAAACCUAAAUCUAAUAUUAGUUUCUGAGUGAACUUAAAUCUAAUGUUAGUAAUCGUUGAAACCUAAGCCUAUUCUAUAGUACGGUAAGAAUUUGGUCAUAACAGAAACAUGCAUCUCAAUCUAAAUUCAAGCUACUCCAACUACAGAUAACUCCACCCGAUAAUUCUAUGAAUGUUCCGGUAGUUGAUAUAGUUGAUCGAUCAUUAAAUAGUUGGUAAGUUCAGUGAUGGUAUCUAAUUGCGAACAAUCAUAUACAAUUAGUACAACAUGCAAGUGCAAUAGUUAUGAUACAAUGAUCUUUUGUGAACUUCAGGUACCGUCAUGCAACAAAUACCGGCAGGUCAAUCAUACCUGUCUUGCUAGAAGUAUAGUAAACGAAUUUUGUAAUCCCUCCGAUCUGAAAUAAACUUGGAUUACAAAACCGGAAACUGCUCUACACUGCACGGUAAGCCAACAAAUUACAAAAUUCGUUUAAUCAACGAUGUCAAGCCGUAACACACAGAAAUCGGGUGCGAAUAGUGGAUCCAAAGGCGAUCGAUCGGAUAACGGGAAAGGUGAAGCACCAGCCGGAACUGAAAGUGUGCCAGUGGUUACGAUUACAAUGGCAGGGCUGGGACAGAGUCUCCCAGGAUCGUCCUGUAGAUCUUGUGCAGAACCUGACAACGAUGCUAUGGUGCAAUGCGACUUUUGCCAUGAUUGGCAUCAUUUCUCAUGCGUGGGAGUUACUGAUGAUGUUGAGAAAGUGAGCUGGUGGUGUCCUAAAUGCGCGACUGCAACCGGGGUCCAGCAAACAACUUCAGCAGACGACCAACAACUUCCGUCAACGAGUGGUGCCAACUUGAGCCAUAGCAAGCAACGUAAACCUAGCGGAGAGAAGGGGGUUUCUGCGGAGAUUGGGCAACCAACGUUACGAAUGACCACACGAAGCGCUUCACGAAAGGGAAUUACCACGGCCGUUUUACCACCAGUUGUAGGCGAAACAGCAGUUACAGUUGCGAUUGCGUCUACGGAGCAGCCGUACGAAGGGGAUGUAAAUCGGCCGAGAGAAGCGCCGGCCGGCACCAUAAGGUCUAGCUCUUCUCAACGAUCACUGAGAUUGCAGCUCCAGCGACUUGACGAAGAAAAUGCACUCCAGCGGGAAUACAUCCAGAAGAAGUACAGCAUCCUUGAACAAAUGAGCAGCCGCUCGGGAUCAUCGUAUGGUGGAGGUUCCAUGCGCCUCAAAGAGCAAAAGAUCCGUGAGAAUGAGCAUCCGUACGCAGCACAUUCGUUUGUAUUGAAUGCGCGCAGCCAGUGGCUCACUGCGUUUUUACACUUUGAUGAGAAUUCCAGCCCUGCCAGUAGGAUCGAGAGUUGGGUGAAAAAGACGAAUACCUUGCUGGAGGAAGGAAAGCUUCAGACAAAAUUCUCCAAUUCGGUGAGGGCCCCGGAAAUUACCGAAGAACCGAGCAUUCCGGGUUCGUCCAUUCAACCACCAAACUCGCCUCGCUACAGUACAAGACCGGGUCCUAGGUGCACUCCCAGCCACGCUAGUCGGCUUCUCAGCAAUGAUAGCAGAUCUUCGACCAGCCUACCGCGUGAGGUCAGAGUUCCCGUCAUCCGUCCGUCGUACUUGUCGAUUCCUCAAGGGACGUCAGUUUAUCCGCCCGCAGAACGCAACAUCUUGCCGUCACCGGUAGCCAUUCCGCAUCAAUACCCGAGCCAGCAUCAAGCACCGAGCAGCCAACAACUCGCUGCUAGACAAGCAAUCUCAAGGGAUUUGCCUCCGUUCUCUGGGCAACCAGAAGAGUGGCCGAUAUUUUUGUCGACCUUCACCAAUACCACGGCGAUGUGUGGCUUUACUGAUGAUGAAAACAUAAUCAGGCUCCAGAAAUGCAUGAAGGGCAAGGCGUAUGAGGCGGUAAAAAGUUUGCUCAUGCAUCCGUCCAAUGUACAGCGUGUCAUGGACACACUUCGAAUGCUUUUUGGGCAGCCAGAGGCAAUUAUACAUUCUCUGAUCUCGAAAAUCAACAAUCUGCCGCCGAUGAGGGAAGAUAAGUUCGAGACUAUCGUGGAGUUUGCCGUAAACGUUCGGAACUUCUGCGCGACAGUCGACGCAUGCGGGUUGGAAGAAUAUUUAUACAACAUCUCACUGCUACACCAACUUGUUGCCAAGCUUCCACCGUCUAUAAAGUUGGACUGGGCACGGUACCGUCAAACUCUCCCAGCGGUGAAUCUAGCAGCGUUUGGAAACUGGGUCUACUCGCUAGCUGAAGCUGCAAGCACCAUCGCAACUCCUCCAGCAGGUUUAGACGUAAAGCAAACCCGCAACGAUUCUCGUGGAGGCAAGAAAGGAAAUGCUUUCUUGAAUGCGCAUUCCGAGUCAUCGGGGGUCAACCAUCCGUCGGCACCAACGAAAUUCGUCGCCGUCACAGGACGGGUGCAUGAAACCUGCCCAAUAUGCAAUGGUGGGUGCAAGGUAGUCGAGAAAUGCAAGCGCUUUCUGGAGCUUUCCAGGGACGCUAGAUGGGCAACAGUUAGGGAAAGUGGACUUUGUCGCAGAUGUCUCCGCAGCCAUAAAGGUGUUUGUAAAGCGAAACCUUGCGGAAAGAAUGGGUGUGAGUUGAAGCAUCAUCAAUUGCUUCACAAUGAGAAACGGGUUACGGUAACAGAAACAUCUAUUGCACCUCAGUCGCCGGCAACGCAGUCUUCUGAUCCCAGGACCACCACCCAUACUCAUGACUGCAACGUUCAUCGUACGAGCUCCAGCUCCGUUCUGUUCCGUUACCUGCCGGUAAUACUCUAUGGGAAGAACCAGUCCGUCGAAACAUACGCGUUUUUCGAUGAAGGAUCGGAACUAACACUCUUAGAUGAGGAGUUGGCGGAAGAGCUACAACUUGAAGGAGGCACGCUACCAUUGUGUCUGCGAUGGACCGGAGGCGCGGAGCGAAACGAAAGAAGCUCUCGGAUCGUGAAUCUGCAAAUCGCUGGAGUACACAGCCAGGACAGAAGGUUCUCUCUCUCGUCCGUCAGGACCGUCAAGGAGCUACUGUUACCACUGCAAACGUUAGACGCUGUCGAGUUGAAGCAACUAUAUCCUCAUCUGCGAGGGCUGCCGAUCCAGUCAUAUCGUGAAGCACGACCACGCAUUCUGAUAGGAAUGAAGCACGUUUCCGUCGGAGUAGUGCUGAAAUGCAAAGAAGGAAAGUUCGAGGACCCUAUCGCUGUCAAGACCCGUAUUGGCUGGACGGUAUGUGGUAAGCUGGAUCGCAGCGCCGAAGAGUCAGCACAGUGCAUGGUUCACGUAUGCACCAACGACCAGGAUUCUGACGAAAAGCUACAUCACGCUAUGAAAGCGUACUUUGCCCUGGAUAGCCUUGGUGUUGCCAAGCCCAUCGGAAAUCUCAUUCUCUCCUCCGAAGACCAACGAGCCAAACAUCUUCUUGAAUCAACGACCAGAUUCCUCGAUAAUCGCUACGAAGUAGGACUACUCUGGAGGCACGACAACAUUCGGUUGCCGGACAAUCGAGCGAUGGCCUUGCGUCGGCAUCAGCAACUUCAAAAGCGAAUGGAACGAAACACGGACUUGGCAGAGACUCUCAAUGGGAAAAUUGCCGAAUAUGUUGCCAAAGGGUACGCCAGAAAGCUGACACAGGAGGAACUUGAUCAGUCACACCCGCGCAUCUGGUACCUUCCCAUAUUCCCAGUGACAAACCCCAACAAGCCGGGAAAAGUUAGGCUGGUAUGGGAUGCAGCAGCUAAAACAUUUGGCGUUUCACUAAAUUCUGCCUUGCUAAAGGGACCUGAUCUUCUCUGUUCGCUAUUGGCCAUACUUCUACAAUUUCGCCAAGGCCGGAUCGGAUUGUCAGGAGACCUACGUGAAAUGUUCCAUCAGAUUUUGAUGCGAACCGAGGACCAGCAUUGCCACAGAUUCUUCUGGACAGACGAGAACGAUGGAAUCGCUGUGUAUGUACUACAAGUUAUGAGUUUUGGUGCCAGUUGUUCCCCUUGCUGUGCCCAAUACAUAAAAAACUUAAAUGCGGAGCGUUUCCGGGAAAGCCACCCAGUCGCCGUAGAGACAAUAACGAAACGCCAUUAUGUGGACGACAUGUUGACCAGCGUUGACGAGGAGAACGAAGCUAUUCGUCUAGCAGAGGAGGUCAAAUUUGUACAUUCUCAAGGCGGCUUCGAAAUCCGCAACUGGAUGUGCAACUCCAGAGCUGUUCUUACGGCGCUCCACGAAGGCGAUACGACGGAAAAGGAUAUGGAUCUAUGUUCCGAAAUAGCGGCCGAUAAAGUGCUCGGUAUGUGGUGGAGUACCACGACGGAUGAGUUUUUGUUCAAAGUCGGUUGGAAACGCUACGAUCCACUUCUUCUGGCGGGCCAACGACCACCCACCAAACGGAAAAUGCUCCGUGUUCUGAUGACGAUUUUUGAUCCUUUGGGGCUCAUCGCUCACUUCCUGAUAUUCCUCAAAAUACUGCUUCAGGAAGUUUGGAGAUCCAAGGUCCAGUGGGAUGAAGAAGUCGCAGGGGAAUUGUACAGAAAAUGGCAGCGGUGGACGCAAAUCCUACCCCAAGUCGAAGACGUGCGUAUUCCGCGCUGCUACAACUCAUCGUUGGCACUGAACAGCUGUACCGAUGUACAACUCCACACGUUCGUCGAUGCCAGCGAAAACGGCUUCGCCGCUGUAGCUUUUCUACGAUUCGACUACAACGGAUCAACGAAGUGCUCCAUAGUCGCCUCAAAAGCCCGGGUGGCUCCGUUAAAGUUUCUUUCGAUACCGCGACUGGAACUUCAAGGUGCCGUGCUUGGUGCCAGACUCGCACAGACCAUUAUCACUACGCUGUCACUUCGGAUAACUCGACGAGUGUACUGGACAGAUUCUCGAGACGUGCUUCAUUGGAUCAACUCAGAUCAUCGUCGCUACUCGCAAUUUGUAGCCUUUCGAGUUAGUGAAAUCCUGGAAACAUCUGAACCCGAGGAAUGGCGAUGGGUUCCGACAAGGCUCAACGCUGCCGACGAUGGAACGAAGUGGGAUGGAACACCGGAUCUUACGUCAGAAAGCAGAUGGUUCACCGGUCCAGAUUUCCUGUGGUGUUCAGAAACAAAAUGGCCGGAAACUCCUUGUCUACGCUCGCCGGUAGCUACAGAGCUCCGUCCGCACUUAAUGGUUCAUCGUACGGGACCGUGCGGUUCAUUCAUUCCCGUAGGGAACUUUUCGAACUGGAAACGGCUACGGAACGCGAUGGCGUUUGUGUUCCGUUAUAUCUCCAAUUUGCAACUGAAAGCGAAACGGCGGCAGACCUACCUCGGACCACUGAUGAUGAUGGAGCUGAGAAAAUCUGAGGAAUUUCUGUUUCGUCUAGCACAGCAAGAAGGUUUUCCCGACGAAAUAACCAUCCUGCAGCAAGCAUACUCAACCGCAUCUGUGAAAUCUCUUCCAAAAUCCAGUUCACUUUACCGUCUUACUCCAUGUUUGGAUGAACAGGGAGUUCUGAGGAUGCGGAGCAGGAUCGGCGGCUGCCAGUUUGUCGGUGAUGACGCCAAACAACCGAUUAUUCUGCCCCGUGAUCACCACAUCACCAUGCUCGUGAUUAUGCACUAUCACCAGAGAUACCAUCAUUGUAAUCACGAAACCGUGGUUAACGAACUAAGGCAAAAGUUCCACAUUCCUCGUAUUCGUGUUGCCUUCAACAAGACCCGUAAAAGUUGUCAGCGUUGCAAGAACGAGAACGCGGUUCCCCAACCUCCUAUCAUGGCGGACCUUCCUGCAGCCAGACUUGCAGCUUUCACGCGCCCCUUUACAUAUAUCGGGAUAGACUACUUCGGUCCCAUGGAUGUGGUCAUCGGAAGGCGGACGGAGAAGCGCUGGGGAAUGUUGAUAACCUGCUUGACCAUCCGUGCUAUCCAUAUCGAGUUGGUGCAUUCCCUCAACACUAACUCGUGCAUAAUGGGUCUACGAAACUUCAUCUCGCGUAGGGGCACUCCGAGAAAGAUCUACAGCGAUCGCGGUACGAAUUUUGUCGGCGCCAGUCGAGAAUUGGCCGAAGCCAUAGCAGCGAUCAACCACUCGGCGAUGACGGAAUUCGUAAGCCCUGAUACAGAAUGGAUCUUCAACCCCCCUGCAGCGCCUCAUAUGGGUGGCUGCUGGGAAAGAUUGGUCCGAUCGGUGAAGGUAAACCUGAAGGCGCUUCGUCCUGUAUCUACGCUUACGGACGAAGUAUUGAGGAAUACACUAACAGAGAUAGAGAACAUCAUCAACUCGCGACCUUUAACACAUGUUCCCAUCGACAAUGAUUCGGCUCCAGCCUUGACCCCGAAUCAUUUCAUACUUGGGUCAUCAAAUGGGACAAAGCCUCUUUCAACUUUGGACGACAAUGGCUUCACAUUGCAACGAAACUACCGUACCUCUCAGAUCCUCGCCAACCAAUUCUGGAGGAGAUGGGUAAGUGACUACCUACCAGAAAUAUCCAGGCGGACAAAAUGGUUCGCACACACGAAGCCAAUCUCAGUCGGCGAUAUUGUAGUCAUCGUGGAUCCAAGACUUCCCAGAAACUGCUGGCCGAAAGGGAGAAUCAUCCAGACCAACAUAGGACGCGACGGAUGCAUCCGGUCUGCAACGGUUCAAACAGCUAACGGAGUGUACGAACGUCCAGUUGUGAAGCUCGCAGUCCUAGAUGUUCAGCACGAAGCAGAGUAAGCCAACCGGAAGUUGGCGUACCCGGGGGGAGUCUGUUAACAGCGCGCUGAUCUACUGAACUGGCAGCGCUUCCCCUACACUAAAACUACAACGGCAGAAUACAGAUGUAACUUCUUGACUGUCAGCUCAUGCGAUGAUGGGAGGAUAAUGCAAGUGACGAAAAAACAAAAGAGAAAGUUUAACGAGCAAAACGUGGAGGCUAUUGAGCAAAUGUUAUUUCAUUCCAAAUUUCUAAUCAAAUGUUGAAUUCGUUAUUAUUAAACCUAAAUCUAAUAUUAGUUUCUGAGUGAACUUAAAUCUAAUGUUAGUAAUCGUUGAAACCUAAGCCUAUUCUAUAGUACGGUAAGAAUUUGGUCAUAACAGAAACAUGCAUCUCAAUCUAAAUUCAAGCUACUCCAACUACAGAUAACUCCACCCGAUAAUUCUAUGAAUGUUCCGGUAGUUGAUAUAGUUGAUCGAUCAUUAAAUAGUUGGUAAGUUCAGUGAUGGUAUCUAAUUGCGAACAAUCAUAUACAAUUAGUACAACAUGCAAGUGCAAUAGUUAUGAUACAAUGAUCUUUUGUGAACUUCAGGUACCGUCAUGCAACAAAUACCGGCAGGUCAAUCAUACCUGUCUUGCUAGAAGUAUAGUAAACGAAUUUUGUAAUCCCUCCGAUCUGAAAUAAACUUGGAUUACAAAACCGGAAACUGCUCUACACUGCACGG